AUGUCCCUCCCCUCGUCCACAGUUUCCUCUCUUCUCCAAAUCCUCUCCCAACCCGCGCUCAUCUUCCUCAGCGUGUGGUAUUACUCGUUCCGAGCGUUGGUUGGAAUUCCCAUAACGCUUUUUUGGCAGCUCCUUUUGUCUAUCCAUUCUCUCGGUUCAAAAACAAGAAUAGAACGCGAAGACGAAAGGAAGGUGCAAUUCUUCGACGGCAUCGUCACGCACGUUCGUAAAUUGCCCAUGAGACGGAGCUUCCGGUACCCGCUGAGAAUGGCUCUGGUAAACCUCAGCAAUCCUCCAACGUGGUGGAGAAAGAAACAGGCGAAUUUGCACUUGAAUGCGAAUGAGAUUUGGGAACGAACGCGCGAAGACGUGCCUUCAUUCGUCAAAGAGAAGGACGUUUCGAUCCAUUUAUUAACCUCUCCGAUGAGUUUUGGGUACCAUCAAAAUCCGAUUUCCGUGUAUUACGUGGUAUUAAAUGAAACUGGAGAGUGUCUCGUGAAUGUGACGGAAGUUACGAACACGCCGUGGGGGGAAACCGUGAGGAUGAACUUCAACAGCAGCAAAGGAAGCGUACAGAAUAGAAAAGGUAUGGCAGAACCGUUAGGCGCACACGUGCCGAAAAGCUUACACGUGAGUCCCUUUAUGGACAUGGAGUCGAAUUGGCGAAUAUUUGCGUCGGAUAUGCCUACGGUGAGUAAACAUUUGAAGUUAACGGUGGACUGCGUGGAACAUCCCGAGUACGGGGAUUUUUUUCACGCUGCUUUUGUCGCGAAGAGAGACGAAUCGGAUACCAGAGGGGCUAGGAACGAUUGCGGCGGUUUGCGGUUACUGUAUAGAAGAGGGUUGAGUCCGCACCGAAUAGCGUAUUGGAUUUACCACCAGGCGAUUUUGUUGUUGUGGAAAGAAAAAGCGACGUUCUACGGACCUCCCGGAUUAGACGAGAUUAGAAAAUUGACGAACGAGAAGAAGAUGCACUGUAAAGUAAGCAGCGUGGUGCGAGUUGGAGGCGGGUGCCCUGCGAGAAUCGCGUGGCAACCGGCAAAAAGUUGGCCUUGGCAAACGUAA